GGCCUCUGCCGUUCCCAGGCUCAAGAAGAAAACAGGAUAACUUCCGUUCUCUCUUGUCUUUCCAAAAAUGGCGGACACGUGUGGCCAGAUAUUGCUGGGAUCAGGGCUAACCGUCCUCUCUCACCCUCUGAUGUAUAUUAAAGUCCUAAUCCAGGUAGGACAUGAGCCUCUCUCUCCCACCCUGGGCAGGAACUUGUUUGGCCGACAAGUCUACCAGCUGCCUGGACUAUUUGCUUAUGCAAAACACAUCAUUAAGAUUGAUGGAAAAGUGGGUCUCUUCAAAGGGCUUGGUCCAAGGCUCUGUGCUGGCACUAUUGGAACAGUCGUGCACAGCAAAGUUGUCCAGAAAUGUCAGGAACAAGGUACACCUCAGGUACUGGGCGGGUCGCAGAAGGCUGUGGAGGGCUCCCUACAGCAUGUUGUUAAUGAGACAACCAAAGAGAUGAUCGCUCGUUCCUGUGCCACCAUCGUCACACAUCCCUUUCAUGUGAUUACAUUGCGAUGUAUGGUCCAGUUUAUUGGGAGAGAAACUAAGUACAGUGGGGUGUUUGAUUCCAUCGUCACAGUCUACAGAGAAGGCGGCAUUCUUGGUUUCUUUGCUGGUUUGAUUCCUCGUCUGCUGGGUGAUGUCUUGUCUCUGUGGAUUUGUAACCUGCUGGCUCACCUCAUCAAUACGUACGCCAUUGAUGACUCGAUGAGUCACACAGGAGAAAUCAAGAACUGCUCUCAGGCUGUGACAGGGUUCUUUGCCAGUAUGCUCACAUACCCCUUUGUUUUGGUGUCAAACCUCAUGGCUGUCAAUAACUGCGGGCUCGUUGGAGGCCUACCUCCCUAUGCAUCAGUAUAUCCCACCUGGGUGGACUGCUGGAGGCAUCUCAGCAGAGAGGGCAACAUGAGCAGAGGCAACAGUUUAUUUUUCCGGAAGCUCCCAGCAGGAAAGAUGUAUGCAUUUGACCAGAAGAGAUUUUUUUGAAGCCUCAAGAGCCUUGCGCUGACCCCAAUUGUGAAAAUAAAUCAACAUUGCCUGAUCUGGGGGUGGACAGUCGGUCCCUUAUCUUUUUUUGUAUGUACUUGUUUACGAUGAAGUUUUAUUUAACAACCUGCCAUCUUGUGGACUAAAAACAUUAGUUUCCAGUUAAUUACAGCAGGUUUUGUUUAAUCAAUAGAAAUUGCCAGUUAAACUUCAGGGCUGUAUGACAACAAGCUAGUGCAGGGAGACAGAUCCUUUAAAAAAAUGUAGAGAAACUGAAGGGAGGAUGGCUUAUGCUGAUGAAAAGUUGUCAGCAUAAUGUUAUGAUGUGGAAGCACCCUUGAGGGUGCUUCCAUUUUUUUAAUAUAGAUUGAUCGAUAUUAAAUCUUCAUCAACAUGAUGGGAUUUGUGUGUUGAAAACGGCACCUCAGUUUGCAUGUCGUAAUGUCAAGUAAUUUACAAUUAUCAAGUGGGACCUCUGUCAUGUGGUAUUGUCUUGAUGUGUUAGUUAUUGUAAAGCUCACUGCUGGGUGAGUGUGUAUUGUUAACAAUGUAAAGGAGGGGAAAGCAGUGGUGAUUGUCUGGGAGCUUGUAUGGAUGUGUAGACAUAAGGAGGAGCGAGAGCUCACUAAACUGACACGCUGACCAGUCGAGUGCUUGUAUCGACUCAUUUUGAUUGACCCAAAUAAAAACAGACCUUUUUGACCUUG